AUGGACGUUUUAGUUGUGGCAUUAUAUUUGCGUUUCGUUUGCGCGGUCUUCGCGGUAGACUUGUCUCAUAUUGAGACUUUUGUACAGGAGAAUCGUUACUGUUUGAAACAGAGAUAUCGUCCACUGUACCACAUAUCAGCGGCCCACGCGUGGACGAACCAUCCCAGCGCGUUCGUGUAUUACAAACGGCAGUACCAUAUCUUUUACCAAUAUCAUCCGUACAAUGGCGCGUGGGGUCCUAUAAGUUGGGGCCACGUAGUCAGCGAUAAUCUUGUCGACUGGACGUUUUAUCCACCGGCCCUCAUCCCCGGCGAGCUCUACGACAAACACGGAUGCUUAUCAGGAUCCGCCAUCGCCCACAACGGGUACCUGGUGCUGUUCUACACUGGUAAUGCCGUAUCAGAAAACGCGACGCUCCAAACGCAAAACGUGGCGAUCAGCACAGAUGGUAUCGUAUUUCAGAAGUAUAUUUACAAUCCUGUUGUUCGGGACGGAGCUUUUGGGGCGGAGGAUUCACGAAACCCUAAAGUUUGGAGGUUCAGGAAUGUCUGGUACAUGCUCCUCACUAACACUCGGGAAGGGGUCGGCCGGCUUCUCCUCUACACGUCCAUGGACCUUUUCAAUUGGAAAUUGAACGGCACUCUCGCACUGUCACUCGGCGACACCGGAUAUGCGUGGGAAAGUCCGGAUUUGAUCGAAAUAGAUGGUCAGCACGUUUUGAUGUUGUGCCUGCAAGGGGUGCCUAGCGAUGGAUUUCGAUUUAAAAAUCUGUAUCAAACUGGCUAUAUCGUCACUAAUUUCAACUAUGUUAAUGGCCAGUUUGAUGAUUUAGAAGUCUCCACGGCAACAUUUACGGAACUUGAUCAUGGACACGAUUUUUACGCCCCGAAAACAGUGCUUGCCGUCGACGGCAGAAGACUCCUGAUUGGCUGGCUCGGAAUGUGGGAGAGCCAUUUCAAAGAAUCAAAGCACGGAUGGGCCAGCAUGCUCACCAUUGUGCGAGAAAUGAAGCUGACGCCACAAGGUCGUCUCCAGAUGCCUCCUGUUAGGGAAGUAGCUGAAUUACGGACCGAAAUACUUGAAGACGCGUGGUACAACCCCGGCGAGGCUUUCUAUGCAGGGACGAGGACUUUUGAGUUGAUAGUCAGCACUGCCAAAGUGUUUUACGAUGUCGCCGUCAUAUUUGAAUGGGAUGGCGACCAGCAGUACACGGUGGGGUACUCGGCGGAUCGAGGUCACAUCAUAGUGGAUCGCGGCGGAGUGGACGGCCUCAGGAGGGCGGACUGGGCUCCAAACGAUAAACUAAAACUGCGUAUAUUCGUCGACUAUAGUUCAAUAGAGGUUUUCUGUGGUUCCGGAGACGUGGUAUUCUCCAGCCGCGUCUACCCAAAGAAGAAUAUCCGCGUGAAGAUAUCAGGAGAGUCACAGUUGCACGUCGUCCAGUAUAAACUGCGACGCAGCGUCGGAUAUGAUAGCAAAUUGCGUAAAUACUUGAAGGAGCAUGUUCUCGAAAGGGCAUAA